AUGCUUAAUGGAACAAUAAAAACUUAUAAUAUAAUACAGAUGAAGAAACUAUUGCAAUUAAAAAGUUUAAACACAAGUUUCCAAAGACAAUUUUUGAACACACCUAUUAUAAGAUCUUGUAUGUGCCAACAAGUAUUUAUACUAAACCAAAGACUAGAUAAUCUCUAUAAUGUAAGGGUACAUUCUACGCAAAGUGAUCAACAUAGACAAAAAGUUGUUAUAGAGACAUCAGAACCUAAAAUAGUGUAUGAUAAGGUGUUACCAGAUAAAUUAAUUGAUGAAAGGACGUUAAGCUAUCUGUGGAAAAGAAAGGUUGAUCCUUAUGUGAAAUUGGCAAGAUGGGACAGACCUAUUGGUGUCUACCUAUUGUAUUGGCCCUGUUCGUGGGCGAUAGCGCUAGGAUCAAUUCCCGGCACGGUUCCUCUUCAAACCAGCUUGCAGAUGGCAGGACUGUUUCUCAUUGGUGCAGGUUUGAUGCGUGGUGCAGGGUGCACUAUUAAUGAUAUGUGGGAUAAGGAUGUGGAUAGGCAGGUGGAGAGAACCAAGGAUAGACCUUUGGUAUCAGGUGCUAUAUCAGAUAAGCAAGCUUUAGCAUUCCUCGGGGCUCAGUUGACACUAGCACUCGGAGUUUUAUUGCAGUUGAAUUGUUACUCUGUUUUACUUGGAGCAAGUAGUAUGCUCUUGGUAGUGACGUACCCGCUAGCGAAACGCUUCACGAAUUACCCACAGAUAUUUCUAGGCGCAACAUUCAAUUGGGGCGCUUUAUUAGGUUAUAGCGCUAUACAAGGGAAUAUAAAUCCGGCGAUAUGUCUGCCGAUGUAUAUAGGUGCUUUAGCCUGGACUGUAGUGUAUGACACCAUAUACGCGCAUCAGGACAAAGACGAUGACGCCCGUAUUGGUAUGAAAUCAACUGCCCUAACGUUCGGUGAACAUACAAAACCAGCGCUUACAGCAGCUUUGUUAACAAGCGUAACUUGCUUCGCUAGCGCUGGUUACGCUGCAGGAUUAGACGUUGGGUAUUAUGGAGCGCUUUUAGCGUAUCUAGCGCACGCCGGGAGGCAGAUAUACACUUUAAACGUCGACAAUCCCAACGAUUGCGCUGAAAAGUUCAAAUCUAACUCUAUGGUCGGACUUAUAAUAUUACUCGGAAUCAUUGGCGGUGGCUAUAGACAAUAUUCUAUGAACAGAGACAAGAAUCGAGGCAAAGAGGAUUUAUCUAUAAAGAAGAGCUGUGUUUUCAGUUGA